GAUAAUAAAAUACAGAAAGUGAGAAAAAUAUUGAGUAUGCAUGUUAUCUCAAUUUUUGUCAAAUUUUCGGAUAAAACACGAGUUUUGAGUAUUAUUUAUUGAAAAUGUGGUUAUAUUACUGAACAAUUAAGGUGUGUGAGAAAUUUGAAGGAUUAGAAAUGUCACAUAUAAAGUUGGCAAAGAAAAAAUCUUACAUCUGUAGACGGACACCAAUUGUUGUUACUGCCAAAUAAGUCCUUCACUUUAGAGAACUUGAUGAGCCAAGAAUGGCUUCGUCUACAAGAAAAUCCUGGAAACUCCAGGAGUUUGUUGCACAUUCGUCGAUGGUUAAUUGUCUCUCAUUGGGGCACAAGUCUGGACGUGUUAUGGUUACUGGUGGCGAUGACAAAAAAGUGAAUCUAUGGGCAGUUGGAAAACAGAAUUGUAUUAUGAGUUUAAGUGGACACACAACACCAGUGGAAUGUGUAAGAUUUGGUCAAACUGAAGAUUUAGUAUGUGCUGGCUCACAAACUGGUGCAUUGAAAAUUUGGGAUUUAGAGCACGCUAAAUUAUCGCGGACACUCACCGGUCAUAAAUCAGGAAUUCGUUGUAUAGAUUUUCAUCCAUAUGGCGAAUUAGUUACGUCCGGAAGUACUGAUACUGCUAUCAAAUUGUGGGAUAUCAGAAGAAAAGGUUGUAUAUUUACUUAUAAAGGACACAAUCGGACUGUAAAUAGUUUAAAAUUUAGUCCCGAUGGUCAGUGGAUUGCAAGCGCCGGCGAAGAGGGAAUGGUGAAGCUAUGGGAUUUAAGGGCAGGUCGGCAAUUGAAAGAAUUUUCGGGACAUAGAGGUUCGGCGACGACUGUUGAAUUUCAUCCACAUGAAUUUCUACUGGCUAGUGGAAGUGUCGAUAGAAUUGUACAUUUUUGGGACUUGGAGUCGUUUCAACUUGUGUCGUCAAGUGAACAAAAUAAUUCUGCUAUUCGUUGUCUUUUCUUCAGUUCUGGAGGUGAAUGUCUUUACGUCGGCAGUCAAGACGUUCUAAAAGUUUACGCUUGGGAACCGGCGAGAACUUUGGAUACGAUUCCAACCGGUUGGGGAAAAGUGCAGGAUAUUGCAAUCGCACAAAAUCAACUGAUUGGCGCAAGUUGUCAUAUGUCGAGUGUGGUUCUCUACGUUUGUGAUAUUAAGAAACCAGUACCAGGCGGAGAUCUCUCGGGUGGAUUAUCCUUCAGUCAUGGAAAUUCACUACGAAAAAGUUUUUCCAAAGAAAAGCCUCCUGACCUAAAAAAACAUACCUUGAAUGUAAAGACAAUUGAAGAAGUCAACGAUAAAUCCGGAACUGAUCCUGAAGAUGAAGUGACGUACGCUGAAAUACCAAACGUUUCGGAUUAUCAGGACAUUUUUCAACCGAAUCGAUCACUGUCUCGCACACCGCCUCCAGAAAAAGAGUUUCUUGAUCCCCAAGAAAUUGAUCCGGCGCAACCGCAAAUUUUGAGAAAUUUGUCCAGCUCAAUGUUAGACUUAAAUAAUGAGGAAGCGGACGAUGAGAGUAAAUCGAAAUCCCUACCACCACCUCCAGUUUCCACGUUGACAAAAUCACUACCGGUACGUGUUCAUCCGAUAAAAUCAUCACCUCCUUUACAUAGAAAUGUGAUAACUUCCACGAGUCAAAUCAAAGCCAAUCUCCAAGCUAAUAGUCUGGCUGGCAAUAGAAAUUCUAAGAAUCUUGUACCUAUUCCACCGAUGAGACAGAGUAUCACUCCAUUGCCUGGAAAGAAAAGUAUUCCGAGUGUCACGAAUUCAUUGCAUACAAUUGGUUCGUCGCAACCUCUUGGUCCGCAGAGAUCGAAUUCAACACUAACACCUCGAGUAGCGCCAAUGGCCGCCGUUGCACCUGUGAUUGACGAUGCAAAAUUGAAAAGUCGUGUUCCUAGUCCAGAUUCUCCAAAGCAGUACCUGAAGAGACAAAGCAGCUGUAAGGAAGGGGAACAAGGCUAUGAGAGCGAUUAUCCUGUACAGAUUAACAAUAUAAGACACAGUCCCUCGGAUCCCGCAUUAAAUAGGCCUAGUACAGCGCAGUCGAGAACGUCGAUAGGUCGAAAUUUUGUAAAUUCUUCGCCAUUAUCGGCGCGAAAUAUUUCGACGACGAGGAAAACAAAUAAGGCGCAAGUUGCGCCUAAUCAGAAGACAGACACCAGAAUCGCUCAAUUAAGGCCGACGAUAAAUAACGUUGAGAAGGAAGAAUUCGUUCCGAUGACAGCGAAUAGGCCUUACGGUUUGGAUAUGGAAACAUUUUUACCGAAUAACUAUAAAGAAACAUCGGCAUUGGUUUAUUCGCAAGUUGGAGUUCUCGCUGAAAUGUCCGAAGCCGAAGUCCUCAGUAGCAUGAUGAGAGGACACGAAUCCAUGAUGGCUGUUUUAACAAAUAGACAUCGCUCGUUACAAAUAAUUUAUUCGCUUUGGCACAAUAAAGAUCUCAAGUCUGCAAUAGACUCUGCAGUUGCAAUGAAUGAUUUAUCAGUAAUUGUAGACCUAUUAGGAAUCCUUACAUUAAAAUCGUCGAUUUGGAAUCUGGAUCUUUGCAAUUCUUUUCUGAUUCCAAUCAAGGAUCUUCUUCAAAGUAAAUAUGAAAUGUAUGUUACUGUUGGAUGUUCUGCCCUGAGACUGAUUCUUCGAAAUUUUGCGCCAGUUAUCAAAUCAAAUGUGGAAGCGCCUCUGCAUACGAUCGGCGUUGACGUGUCCCGAGAAGAGCGGUACCACAAAUGUCAUUCAUGUUACGAGAAGCUCAUGACAAUACGAAGUGUGAUAUUAAAAAAGAUCGCAUUGCCAGGAAAAUUGGGCGCCUCUUUUCGCGAGCUCGACGAACUGAUGAAAACAAUCGAGUGACCAAAGUUACGAUCAUGUUCCACUAAAUUAAGUCGCCAAAUUAUUUUUAUUACUCCGAGAAAUCUAAGCUGUCGGAGAUAAAAGCAAACAAAACAAAAAAAAAGGAAAAAGGAAGGAAAGAAGAAAAAUACAACAAGUCUGCCAAGAGAUAACGAAGUAACGAAGUCAAAUCGCCGUAUUCCAUUGUGUCUGAGAAAGCAUUAAAUUCGUUCUCUUCGUCGUCAAAUGCCAUAAACAAAAAGAACCUACGUCGGCGCUUCGCUACAAAAGAAUGAACUUCAGGAUAAUAUUCAACUCGUUUCAAAAGCGAUCGUUAAACGUAUAUACGGUAAGAUACAAAAACAACAAAAAUUACAAAAAAAAAAACACCAUUUCUUCAUAUAUUUAUCAAAAUAUUUUGCUCCGAGCAAAUUUUUGGUCUUGCCAAUUUUUAUUAAAAAAAAGGAAAUUUAGUCCUAAUUAAUUUUUUUGAUAUCUCGAUAGUGAUAAUAUCGUGAUAAUUUUAACGACUAACUACAAAUUUCUCAUUUUAGAAAAUUAAAAUCCCUGUUUUUUUUUAAUUAUUUAUCUCACCAGUAAAAUCUCUUGAAUCGAACUGAAAAAAACUAAAAAUAUUACUAAAAAAAUAUUAAACAAUCCUAAUAAUAUGGAUAAACAUUAUACUAAAAAAAAAUGAUUUUUUAUAAUGAAAAACUGUUCGUUUCGAGUGAUUUUACCUAAAUUAGAAUAUUGCGGCCAUAACUUAAAUGUUCGGUUAAAAGUUAUCAAUGAGUCUUGGGCGAAAGGGCAAUCUCAAUAAGGAAGAAAGACUUUUUUUUAUAUAUAUAUCUUUUUUGUCGUAAAGCUCUCUUUUUAUUUUAUUUUAGUCUCGAAUUUUUUAACUAUUUUAAUUUAAAUAUUUGGCGAACUGUUCGGAACAAAAAUUUCGAAAGUUUUUUUUAGCAAAAUAU